GAACGCCGCCCGCCGUGACGCAUCGUUUCCGCAACGUCAGUUGCUCUCGUGCUUCUAGCGAAAGGGAAAAUGUCGGCGUAUUAGUGGGGCUUUGUUGUGCCACUAGAGAGUGAAUUUUCGUCCGAACAGAAUUUUUAUCGAAGAAAAUCUUUCAUCGAUACGGUUUUAAGAAGACUCAAUAUUGUCCAGUUUGCCAGUAAAUGGCGUAUAAGUUCUAUCGGGUACGCUUAGUACUUUAAAUCAGAUUUGAUUCCGACGUGAGCCAGUCGCAGAGUCCGCCGUCGGUUCUAGCGGAGGAAGGACAGAAAUAGGGAAGCCAGGAGCAAUAUGUCGACGAUACAGUUAGCGAUGUCAGUAGCAAAGAAUGAGUUUAUCGUAGGUGGCAAAUACAGGCUGUUGAGGAAGAUAGGCUCGGGAUCCUUUGGCGACAUUUACCUCGGUAUCAACAUCUCUAAUGGUGAGGAAGUUGCUGUUAAAUUAGAAAGUGUACGUGCUCGACAUCCACAACUUCUAUAUGAGUCAAAACUAUAUAGAAUUUUACAUGGUGGUGUAGGAAUACCUCAUAUACGUUGGUAUGGACAGGAACGAGAAUAUAAUGUACUUGUCAUGGAUCUUCUUGGUCCAUCUCUUGAAGAUCUUUUUACUUUUUGUACAAGAAGAUUCACAAUUAAAACAGUCUUAAUGUUGGCAGAUCAAAUGAUUGGUAGGAUUGAAUAUGUUCAUUGCAAACAUUUUAUUCAUAGAGACAUCAAACCAGAUAAUUUUUUAAUGGGUAUUGGUCGUCACUGUAAUAAGCUCUUUCUUAUCGAUUUUGGAUUAGCUAAAAAAUAUAGAGAUAGCCGUACAAGAAUGCACAUAAUGUAUCGGGAAGAUAAAAAUUUAACAGGCACAGCAAGGUAUGCUUCAAUUAAUGCACAUCUUGGAAUAGAACAGAGCCGUCGAGAUGAUAUGGAAUCACUUGGUUAUGUGCUUAUGUAUUUCAAUCGAGGAUCUUUACCUUGGCAAGGACUUAAAGCUGCUACUAAAAAGCAAAAAUAUGAAAAAAUAAGCGAAAAAAAGAUGUCGACUCCAGUUGAAGUUUUGUGUAAAGGAUUUGCUGCUGAAUUCGCAAUGUAUUUGAAUUAUACACGAGGUUUACGUUUCGAAGAAAGUCCAGAUUAUAUGUAUCUUCGUCAACUUUUCCGUAUACUUUUCCGUACAUUGAAUCAUCAAUAUGAUUAUACUUUUGAUUGGACAAUGUUAAAACAGAAAAGUUGUGUUGCUACUGCAAUAACUGCAGGUGGUCCAAGUCAAUCCGCUCAAAAUGCUCAGGGGCAAGGGCAAGCCCAAGGUCAACCACCCGCGCAAACCAACGCUCAACCAGAAAGGAUAAAAUUAUAAUUACUUCUCAUUGCAUCAAACCUAUUUGCAGUCACUGAUGUGUCCAAGACCAGGUACUCAACUUUGUACGAAUGCCAUGCAAAGAGUCAAAUCAAUCAAUCCUCUAAGUUAAUACUAAGGAGGAGAUUUACGAUUACAAGCGUAUCGUACACAAGUAAAGGACAAUGCCACGGGUACAUGUUUGUGAAUUCACUGAUUAGUAAAAACUUCAGUGUAUUCUCAGUGCUUAGAGUUUUGGUUGAUCCACCUCUUUGGGCUUAAAAUCCAAGUGAGAUCAGCCAGAGGUGGCUUGUUCUUAUUUUGUUAUUAUCUAUUUAAUUCACCGUUGAUAAUAAUUGAAAAUAAAGGUUUUGAUGCCCCGAAGACCUUUGUAAAAGAUUACACGUAAUGAUGUAAUGUGUGAUUUAAUUGAAAAUCCGACAAACAAUUUUCAUAGAAAGAAAGAGAGAAAGAACAUUUUGAAUAUUUUUAAGCAUUCGGGGUAAUUAAUUGAGUACAUCAUAUAAAAAAUUUUAUAACUAUUCUACAAAGAGAGAAAGAAAUGUGAAGACGAGUGAAUGAUCAUAUGAGAGUAUGAAGAAAAUAUAUAAGUAAGUGUACUGAGGGAUAAAUACAGUUUGUUGCUUCCUGAUUUUUCUUUUAUUCUCAGUACUAUACAUAAGUAUAAUGUAUGCAUCUUUUGAGAGAAAUUUUAAUACAAUGGACUUUUGAAUUUUUUGAUAAUACAUAAUUUAUUCCAAAUUACGAAUUAAAUUUCCAUUCAACAUAAUUGAAUUAAUCUGUUCUAGAUUUUCAAAAUUUACACAAUAUGAAACAUUUAGAGUGCCUAUUUCAAAAUAUCAUAUUGGUAAAUAAUGAUAAAAUAAUUUUAAUAAGUAUAUGUUUCUAUUUAUACAUACAUAUAUAAUAUUUUAUAAUAAUCAAUAAUUUUUAUUUGCAAUCCAUUAGUUGUAAUUAAUUAAUGUUAUCUAUUACUGCUUAAUUUUUCAUUAAAUAUUUAUAUAAUAUUAUUUUUUUUAAAUUUCCGAAAUAUUUCAUUACAUUUUCAUUAAACAGAUUGAUACUAUUAUAGCUAUAUUUUGUUUGAAAGUUUUUCUCGAAUUUUUUAUUUGAGUUUUAAGUUGUUCAAAUUUCAAACUAUUCAAAAGUCCAUUGUAUCUUUCUUACAUAAAUUAUCAUCUCAACAGUAUCAAGAAUUUUGCUUUGAUACUAUUGAUUCUGAUAACAUUUUCUUUUUACAUAAGUAUAUGUAUAUAUAUACUUAUACAUAUAUCUUUUUAUAUAAGUAUAUAUGUAUAUAUAUUUAUAUAUAUACAGCGUACACAUAAAUGCGUACAUAAAAAUAAGUGGAAGUAUCUGAAAUAAGUACUGGAAGUAAUAUUACUAUUAAGGCAGCAAUUUAAUUUUUAGAUACAUUGUAUCGAUCAAGAAACGAACAAAUUAUUGAUGAUUCUGACCUAACAAACUUCACUCCUUACUCUCUUUCUUUCUGUGAGUAUAUUUAGUCGAUUAUGAUAAAUAAAAUGAACAUUAAACAGACUUUUCUGUAUUGGAGAUGAAUUACAGGUUUGCUUUACAUUGAAAUGAAAAAAAGAUAUAAAAAUAGUACAUAAAUUGAUGCAUGAAAAGCAACUCUGUAACCAGAUCCAGCCAAAGGACUUCUUCCGUAUAGUUUUAAUGGCAGAGACUGUGCGCAGUGGUAUUUCCCGUGCUAUUGCUUCGAUAUUAAGUUUAAUCACUACGUGACUUAUAGAAAUCUUUAAUCGAUUGAUCAGUUGGUUGUUAAUAUGCAUAAUGAUACACAAAGUCACGUUACACGUUGUAGCAGUUUUGAAAGACUCGUUUCUGUCAUUGAAAAUUUUUGUUUUUUUUUUUUCAAUCGUUCUAGUUGCGCCAAUAUUCACGUCUAUGUUCCAAGCACUACUUCCAAAAUGAUGUAUAAUCAAUGAUGUUAACUCAUGUUCUUACUAUGAAAAUAUUCUAAAAAAAAAAACAAAAAUCGAAAAUUAAAAAAAAAACGAAAAAAGACAAAAAACAUCUGGUCAGCUUUAGUACGAACUAAGAUACAAGGAAUACGACUGGAUCUUGUGUACCAUUAUAUUUUGGGAGGACAAUUUGUUUAAUGAAAUUUUUAGACAGUAAUUUAAAAAAAAGAGAUAUAAUCAUUAAAUAUCUUUGAGUGAAUGUAUGGUUUAUUAUUAUUAUUAUAUUAUUUUUAUUAUUAAUAUUAUUGCUAUUAUUAAAAAAUAAGGAAACGAAAAAUUAAUGAGUAAAAGUGUGUACUACUAUGCAGUGAGAAUGAAUGAAUGGGUAAAUUAAUGAAUAAUUAAUGCUAUAUGCACUUAUUAUCUGGUAUGUAUGUGUGUAUAUAUAGGAUGUCCCGCGAGGUAUUCAACAGAUUUUUCCCACGUGUUCAGCAAAUCAUUCUGAAUAAAAAAAUGUCAUAUACUUUAUAGUUCUAUUUAAUUUUGUUAUCCAGUUAUGUUAAAGAGAACACAUUACAUGUGUAGUAAAAUUAUAUCUAAUUAUGGUUUUCUAUCUUAAAUGUUUAUUAAAUAGGCAAUCUUCAAUUUAUGCAUAUAAUGUUAAUUGUUGUUGUCAAUAAACAUUACCAUCGUAUUUUUAUCACAAUAGAAUAUUAAUAAUAUAAAAACGUAACAAAAUAAAUAACGAGAAUGUUAAUCGUUAUUAAUAACUUGUGUAUACACAAGAGUAAAUCACUACAUUAUACUCAAUGUAUUUAUUGUGCUGCACCAAUUUUUCUCAUUUUUUUUUAUUCAAUCAUAGAAAAAAAUCCAAUCCUUUUAAAAUCCUAUACAUAUCCUUAAUAAUAUACGUCGUAAUAGAAAACUGUUAUUAGAAUGCUAUAAUUUUUAUUUUAAUUGCAACAAAAUUUCUAUGUAAAUAUAACAAAUAUAAUCUACAUUUUGCAUACUAUUAAACAUAAGAGAUUGAAUCUUAUUCCACCCUAGCAUUUAUUGUUAUACUUAAAUCUAAAUAAUAUUUAUCUUGGUUAUAAAAAUAAAAAAGCUAUAAUUUUAUAUAUUCUUUUUUUAUUCUUAAUGACUUAUCGAACACGUGAAAAAUAUUCAUUAAAUACCUCACAAGAUAUUCUGUAUAUAAAUAAUGCUUUAUAUAUGUGGUAUACAUACAUACACAUAUGUAUGUAUAAUAAAAUUAUGACAGUAA